AUGGUCGUCCUGGAUGCAGAAUUAUGCUUGCUGGCACCGCCAGAUGAUGAAGAGGAGGGGUCGAAUCUUGCCAAGGCCUCAAAACUGCUUGAUCCGGUAGAACACUUGGAACAGUGGCGUGUGAUUUGCAUUGAUUUCCAUCGCUUUCGGGCAAAGUGUCCAGACAAGUGUAAGGAGCUUAUUCGGCAAGGAAUUCCUGAAUUUCUGCGAGGUUCAGUGUGGCAGAAGUUGGCACUGUCACGGGAACUGCUUCACAAACAUCCAAAGGACAUUUAUGAGCAGAUGCGGCGUGUACAGACAGCCCCGUGUGAAGGUGAUAUUGUCAGAGACAUAAAUCGGACAUUUCCCAAGCACGUUCUCUACAGAGACAAGCAGGGUCUUGGACAGCAACAGCUUUUGAAUGUGCUUCGGGCCUAUUCCAUUUUUAACGCAGAGGUUGGAUACUGCCAAGGCAUGGGCUUCAUAUGUGGUGUGUUGCUCAUGUACAUGGGUGAAGACGAUGCUUUUCUCAUGCUAAUCUCUUUGCUGGAGAACUACCGCAUGGCUGGCCUCUUCAUGCCAAACCUCCCGCUCUUGAACAAGUACUUUUUCCAACUUCAAAGAUUGCUUGAGAUCAACCUGCCUCUUUUGCAUGAGCAUCUCACAGAACAAGGUGUUGAACCUACAAUGUAUGCAUCUCAAUGGUUCAUGACUGUUUGCAUCUACAACUUUCCCUUCUCUACUGUGGUGCGAGUCUGGGACAUCUUCCUUGCAGAAGGGGUGCCUCAUAUGUUGAAUCAGGAAGCCCUGCUACAUCAGUCCUUCGAGCAGAUCCUGCAGACCCUGAAACAGGACCAUCGAAAGACAAUGAAGCUCAUCAAAACCGCUCUGAACAUCAAGCUCAAGAAUAAGACCCUGAAAGACAUAGAGCUGCUGCCUCAGCACUAUGCACGGAACUGCGCUGCCUUGAGCACUGCCAUCCAGGAGAAAGACAAGAAGGAUGCCGAUGAAAAGAAAGAAACCAAAGAGGACAAACCCAAAGAGGUGAAGAAGGACAGGCGGGAUGUGGUCGUCCAUCCCAUUGUUCUUCUUGGCGUGGUUGAUCACUACAAUCGAGUGGCCAAAGGCACCACGAAGCGGGUCGUUGGCACACUGGUUGGCGAGGUUUCGGACUAUAGCCUGCACAUCACCAAUUGCUUUGCGGUGCCGUUCGAGGAAGAUCCUCGAGAUCCUCAGGUUUGGUUCUUGGAUCACAACUUCCACGAGUCAAUGUUUGCGAUGUUCAAGAAGGUAAACACAAAGGAACGCAUCGUUGGCUGGUACUCAACUGGUCCGAAGAUCAAGCCAUCGGACCUGAGCAUUCACGAGCUAUACCGACGGUAUUGCCCCGAGCCAGUGCUAGUUGUGAUGGACGUGCAGCCAAAGGAUCUGGAGCUGCCAAUGGAGGCCUACUACUCCGUCCAAGAACAGACCUCAGAUGAGGUUUUCAAGAGAACGUUUUGGCACGUGCAGUCAACGGUGGGCGCUUUUGAGGCAGAAGAAGUUGGUGUUGAGCACCUUCUUCGAGACAUCAAAAAUGCGUCAGCUUCAACCCUUGCAGUGCGGGUGGGCGACAAAAUCGGUGCCUUGAAGGGCCUUGCAAUGCGACUUCGGGAAAUUUCCCAAUACCUGAGCCAAGUGGUAGCUGGAAAGCUUCCAAUGAACCAGGAGAUCAUUUACCAGCUUCAAGAGAUUUUCAAUCUGAUGCCGGAUCAGGACUCCGAAGAGCUCGUUAGAUCUUUGGCAACAGAGACGAAUGACAUGAUGCUGGCAUUGUAUCUGGGUAGUAUGCUGCGCUCGACUGUGGCAUUGCACAAUUUGAUCAACAACAAGAUGAAGAAUAAAAAGGUCAAGGCCGCAGCUUCGGUACACAUUGCACCUCCUCCGUUUGGCUUGCUAGCUUAA